UUGCAAUUUAACAUAAGACUUGUAAAAAUGAACAUGAAAUAAAACAUUAUGUUUGAUAAGUUUACAUCAGAUUUUACUAUAUAUUCAGUAUUCACUAUACAAAAAUAAUUUACCUCGAAAGACUUUGAUAUCAUCUAUAUCAAGAUCAUAUUCACCAGGCGUAUACUAGUUCUUCCUGUGGCGUACGGGCACGGGUUUUGAACGUCGAGGUCACCAGUGUGGCGAACGAGCAUGGGUCGCGAUGGGAGUCGCAUGACUCGUUCCCAAAAAUAUAUUAUAAAAAUAUAGUCGUGACUUAACUAAAAAUAUAUAUAACAAAACGUAUACGCAUUAUAACAAAUUUCUCACGCGUGCCAUGGUAGGUUACAAAGAAUAAAAGACGAAGCGUUAAAAUGAGUCGUUCGCGAUCAGUGUCAGGAAACGAGGUCGUGGUUCGGCGUGUGACACGAAAGGCGAGCUUUUCCGUGCAACGUGUACAACAGUCGAGAGAAGAGCCAGGUCUGGUGAAGCGAAACCAAUAGUGAAGAAAGAAACGGGUAUAAAAAUGUUUUUCGUGCGACGCGGACGAUGGUCGAAUUGAAAGAGCGCUAGCGCGGGCUCGUCGACCCGACGCGAUGGCGGGACGGUGCCGGGCACGAUUGCCAACGGCGGCACCGCGUCACUUCGGUGAGGAAGCACUGUGACCUACCACAUUUCCAUAGAUAAUAGAAUAAUUACUAUAUUAUCUAUGGUUCUUCCCCUGAGCUGGUCUGUGGAACAAUAUUAUCUUAGUCCGUGGUUGUCAAUAAAGCUACAUAAUGGAAAAAAAUUUCUUUAAUUUUAAAAGUUAAAAUUUCCUUUAUUUUCGUGAAAUAAGCUCAAAAUUCCCAAUUUUCCCUUUUAUAAAUUUUGACCUCAAACUUCCCUGCGUGGAGGGAAUUUCUCUGUCAUCUACCAUCACUGCAUGACAUCAAUAUUCUUUCAAGUGAAUGUAUAACUACAAAAAGUAUUUAUUAAAAUUAUAUUUUUGUCUACGAAAACGUCUUCUUUCGAAUCAUUCCUAUUGAUUGUUGCUUUACAAAACCUUUGCAUGUUCAAGGUACCAGCCAUGGAUGAGAAUCCACCAUUGAAAAAUGGUGAUCCUAUUGAACUCUCUUCUGAUGAUUUACUUGGUGUCAUGAAAAACAUAUCAAUGGUGAAAAAUGGUUUGAUGUCUUAUGAUAAUGAUACGGAACAAAUAGAAAUUGGUAAUGGCGAUGCAGAUGCAAUGUUUGGUAUUGGCGAUAAUGAUUUAAGUUCAUUUGAAAGAGAUCUUUUAGAUAAUGUAAUUGGAAUGGCUGAAGAAGAAGUAGUUACUCAAUAUGACGACACUCCAACUGUAAAAGAAAACUUUCAUACAUUUAUGAUCAAAGGUAAUAUGUUAAGAGAACGUCUUCAAAAAAUCAUAUCAAAAUUACAAAAUAUUCAACUAAAAACUAUGGGCAAAUGUUCUACUCAAGAAAUUUAUAAUGUUUUACAAUCACAAAAAAGUAAUGCCAUUAAAAAUAUUAAAUCUACAUUACUCAAAGUUCAAAAACGUCAGUCCAAUCCAUUUUUGAAAAGUUUAUUAUGUGAUGAAAUUAAGGAUGGCGAAAAAGUCUUUGGAAUGCUAGAGUCACAAAUAAAAACAUUAAAUGAAGAUUAUGAUUCUGAGGCAACAGCUAGUGAUUCUGAAACGGAUACAUUAGGAGAAACUAGUGAAGAAGAAGUACAAGUUUCUAAUUAUCCUAUAGAAAAAAGAAAUUCUUGGAAAUGGCUUCAUGACAGAGCAAAUAUUGCAUACCGAUUAACUUGGUUAGUUAAUGUAAUGUCAGACAUAGAAUUCAAAAUCAAUUUUUAUAAUGAAGCUUUGAAUCGAUAUACUUCUCAUUCAUACAUCCAAGAUCAAGAAGAUGAAUCUGGUAGGAGAUGUUUUCCAUAUGAACCUAAAACUCAACAUAGAAUGUUGAUGCAACCUCCACUUAUAAAUUUAGCUGCGGCAUUGAAAAAAGGUGAUAAAGCUAAAUUAAAUCGUAUUAAUCCUUGUGACUGCUAUGGUAUUGAUUCUUGUCCUACCUGUGUAAGUCUUAAGCGUCUCUCAAAUGAUCCUGGUCAUUGUUUGAGUGAUACUUAUCAUCCAGUUCUAUCUUAUUCUAAAGAUAUUUCUUUAAAUGUUGCAUUAUCUAAUGAAUUAGGAAAAUCAUCUUUCCAUCAGAAACAAAAAAAUAAAUCUGCAUCUGAUACUGAUUUUAAUAAAUAUUUUGUGGAUAGAACACCCGAACAAAAUUCUACUAUUAGACAAGUUCCACCUGUUAAAUUACAAAAUGCUUGGCCAAAUCGUAAUGAUCCAAUUACAAAAUUUAAUCGAAAUCAAAGACAAGCAAGAAAAAAAAGACGAUUACGCUAUAGUAAACAUAAAAGAAGUAGAAUGGAUGAAGAUUAUAAAUAUAGCAGUCGCAGAAGUAGUGAAAGUAUUUGUGACGAUGAUGAUCUUGAUGAGGUAUAUGAAGAAGACAAUUAUGACUCAGAUCCAGAUUACAGCCCUUGGUUUCCAAGAACUGGAGAUAAAACAUACAAUGCAAAACGUGAAUAUGAUAUUGAUAACAUUGUAAUACCUUAUAGUAUUGCUGCUGCAUCAAGGGUAGAAAUGGUGAAAUAUAAGGAAAUAGUAACACCUAAAUGGCGGAUUGUUGAAGAAUUAGAUGUAGACCCAAAUGAAUUUUCUACAACAAUCCCUGAACCAGAAGUAGUUGAAGACCUUGAUGAUGGAAAACGCUGCGCUCAUCAUGAAGCAUGCGAAAUGGAAGAACGUAAAAGGUUUAGAACUAUGAAGAAACAAUCGGAACGUACACACAAGAAUAGUGGUCAUUGCAGUAGUGGGGAAAAUACAUCUGAAGCAAUGUCACCAUUAUUUGAAAGUCGAUCUCCAAUGCCCACCGUAGAAGAAGAACCAGAUGCAGGACCUAGUAAUCAUGAUUGGGACCAUUAAAAUUUAUUUAUUAAUUUUAGAAAAAUAAAUAUUGUAUAUUAUUAAUUGUAAAAACCAAAGUUACACACUUAAGAUAGUAAUGUUGAAAAUUAGUUGUCAUAUUUAGGUAUAUUAUUUUUAUAUA